AUGGGACCAACUAAGAUGGACGAGAAAUCAGCCGCGCGGAUCGCCAAGUCCCGCGGGAAGACCGAUCCAUUCGCAAGGCGUGCAGAUAUGGCCGCCAAAAAUAACAAGGAUCAGAAGGGCGAUAACUCAGACGAAUCUUGGCGGAAGAGUGAUUCGAGCCAGAAGAAAAAUGACGGUGGCCAGGAAAAGUAA